AAGAUUCAUCAUCGUCAUCAUCAUCAGUAAGCAGAUGUCGAAGUGUCAAAAAUACGCACUUAAGAUGUGGAGGGUCUAUGACAGGGCAGGAAGGACGUGAUUUGAGAGACAGUCUCAUUGCUCGAGCGCAAUCACGAGUGGAAUUGCGUGAAGGGAGUGGAGAGCAAGAGAGCGCUGAGUCGACUAGACGACGCUGUAGGAAGUGUAAGAGGACGGGACAUAAUGCACGCACUUGUAAAGAAGAUGCAGAAAUGUCUACUAUCUAAUAUUUUGAAUAGUUUUAAUUAAUUUAACUUGUUGUGGUUGCGUAUUUUUCUUUUUGUAGAAAGAGUAGAUGAGAGUGCGCCGCCACAAGGGGAGCG